UUGCAAUAGCAAGAGAGAGAAAGAAAGAGAGAGUUGGUUAGGUGUUAAAUUCAUUAAUUUCAGCCACCAAAAGUUAGGAGCCAAAUUUCCAAACUAAGACCCUCUAUUUAACUUCAUCUCACCUAUCUCUUCAUAUGCCAAAAUUUACCCCUCAAUUUCACACUCCCUCUUCCCUCAACCCUUCUCUUAUCUCUUAUCCUGCAACAGCAAAAUACUUCACAGCAGCAACAAAAUGACCACAACCACUGUCACCAUCACUUUACUCCUUGCACUGGCUUGUUGUGCCGCAUCUGCGCCAUCUCCGGCACCGGAAACCGCCGCGGCUCCGACGCCGGGAGUGGAUAGCUGCUUCAUGGCACUAACAAACAUGUCAGAUUGCCUUACCUUUGUGGAAGAAGGGAGUAAUUUGACGAAGCCGGAUACAGGGUGCUGCCCUGGGUUGGCAGGGUUGAUUGAUAGCAACCCCAUUUGUUUGUGUGAUUUGCUUGGUAAACCUGACGCUAUUGGAAUCAAGAUUGAUUUGAACAGAGCCUUGAAGCUACCUUCUAUUUGUAACGUUUCUACUCCCCCUGUUAGCGCCUGUUCAGCUGUAGGAGUCCCCGUGUCUUUACCUCCAUCAAUUAGUGACGGUUCUCUUCCACCAAGUAUAGCACCAGAAGCUGGUAGUCCAUCAAAUAAUGCUGCUUCUAGUCCUGGUCCUGAUCAUGCAGGUGGUCCAGGGCCUUCUUCUUCAGAUGCUUCUACAAGCCCUACUGGAAGCAAAAAUGGAGUUUCAGCCAUAAAAGCCUCUGCUAUGAUAAACUUCAUUUUUGGAAUCUCUACUCUCUUUGUCUCUUCAUUCUUCUGAUUUUACACACAUUUAUUCUCCAUGUCAUUAUUUUAGUGGUUGGUUCUUUUAUUUCCUCAUUAUUUGUGUAUUUUGUGAGCCACUUUCACUGAACUUUUUGUUGUAAUUUAAUGCACUCUUCCAAUUAUUAUUGUCAUUGUUUGUAGUGAAUCACACUUUAAUUGGUUCUUCCUUGCAUUA